UCUGGACCGUCCAUACGACAACCGACGGCUGGAUUUCCCUGGAAGGCCUUUAUAUGCGCUUCCAGACGCUACUCGAAGCAGGAAACCCACCACCGAAUUCGUCCGUACUCCUCCUCCUGCUUCCCCUCCGGCGACGGCGGCGCAGAUCUCCGGUUGGAAGUUAGGGUGUUCAUCUUGACACAAAAUCAUGCCGAAAUCAAACUGUACCGAAGCGAAAAUAAGAUAUGGAUUAGCUCUCCUUCCAAUUGAUUUAUCGUUCUGUCAAUAUUGAUCCGAAUACGAAAAUUUUAAGUGCUGUUAUUUUGAAGGUUUCGGAACCGGAAUUCGGAAUUGCAGUAGCAGUGGAUGCCUUUAUAAAUCAAGUUCUUGUCCUUGGCUUCAAAUACUCGAUGUGUUUCUUGGCUAAUCCUAAUCCCUAGCUGCUUGUGUGUUGCGUGUGCAAUUUCUGACCCUUUUGUGGUGGUGUAUAUCAACAGAGAAAUCUCUAGCUUUUUCAGCGGCGAAGCGAAUCCAUGGCCGAGCACCUCGCUUCCAUCUUUGGCACGGAGAAGGACCGCGUGAACUGCCCCUUCUACUUCAAGAUCGGCGCGUGCCGCCAUGGCGACCGAUGCUCCCGCCUGCACAACAAGCCGUCGGUCUCGCCGACGCUGCUGCUCUCCAACAUGUACCUGCGUCCGGACAUGAUCACCCCUGGAAUUGAUGCUCAGGGCAACCCCAUCGACCCUGAGAAGAUCCAGGCCGACUUCGAGGAUUUCUACGAGGACAUCUUUGAGGAACUCAGCAAGUACGGCGAGAUCGAGAGCCUCCACGUGUGUGACAACUUCGCCGACCACAUGAUCGGCAAUGUGUAUGUUCAAUUCAGGGAGGAGGAUCAGGCCGCCAGAGCGCUGCAGGCGCUGACGGGGCGGUACUACUCCGGCCGUCCUAUCAUUGUCGAGUUCUCGCCGGUGUCCGAUUUCCGGGAGGCCACCUGCCGGCAAUAUGAAGAGAACAGCUGCAACCGUGGUGGGUACUGCAACUUCAUGCACGUCAAGGAGAUCGGCAGAGACCUGAGGAAGAGGUUGUUUGGGCACCUGCAUAGGUCCCGGAGAAGCCAUAGCCAUGGCCGGAGCCGCAGCCCGAGCCCGUACCAUUACCGGAGGGACUAUGAUCGGAGGAGCUCAUCGCGGUCCAGGGACCACGACGAUUACUACCGUGGAGGUAGCCACGAUUACUACCGUGGAGGUAGCCGGAGGAGCAGCGAGAGGCACCGCAGCAGCUACGACAGCGAUGGCAGCAGGCGGCGGCACAGGUCCAGGACUAGGAGUCCUGUCAGGGAUGGUAGCGAGGAGAGGAGAGCUCAAAUUGAGCAGUGGAACCGUGAAAGGGAGGCUGCACAAGUGUGAUCUCUGGAUUAGUUGCUGUUUGCAAUGGCCCAUGUUUCUCAUCUUGUACUGGUAGCCCUAGAUUAAAUUAGCAUCAUAUCUUAUCUUAAUGAUCUGAGCUUGGAUGUACUCGAGAUUUUCCUUACUGAACUUGAAUUUUCUGUCAGAUGCAUGUGUUAACUGAACCUAUUUGGUGUUAAAUUAUAUUUGUACUGAUGGUUGUGUGCUUU